AUGGCAGACGUUGGCUGUGGCUUUGGUGGUCUUAUCAUUUCACUCGCUCCAAAAUUCCCCAACUCUCUCAUCCUAGGUAUGGAAAUACGCCCACAAGUUACGCAGUAUGUGUCCGAUAGAAUAGUUGGCUUGCGCAAUUUGGCCAAGACGGGCCAGAUUGAUGUCCCCGAUAAGCUCCCCGAUCAGCAGCAAGGUAGAGGCGCAUACGAGAAUGCCUCCGUAAUAAGGGCAAAUGCGAUGAAAUUUCUUCCAAACUUUUUCCAAAAAGCUCAACUCAAAAAGAUAUUCUUUCUCUUCCCUGAUCCUCACUUCAAAGCGCGCAAGCAUAAGGCGAGAAUUAUAACGCAAACGCUGCUUUCCGAGUAUGCCUACGUGUUAGCACCGAAUGCCACGCUUUUCCAGAUCACUGAUGUACCCGACCUCUUCAGCUGGAUGCAAAUGCACCUGGAAAAACACCCUCUGUUUGAGCAAAUUCCCGAUGAGGAGCUCACCACAGAGGACCAAACCGCGCUCAGCUGCGUCAAGAGUGAGACUGAAGAAGGCAAGAAGGUCACGCGUAACGGCGGUGGCAGACAAUGGGCGACUUGGCGUCGAAUCCCUGAUCCACCUCUCUAA